AUGGCGGGAUUAGACUAUGUGGACGAAUUUUAUUUCUCAGCAUUAUUUGAUCAUGAGGAGCAAUUGUUUCCAAUUUCAGAUGAAAUGUAUGCUGAGGAAUUGCAAUUGCAAGAGGCCUUAUAUUCCGCAGCCACAAUUUCAGUAUUCAAUAAGUUUAAAAGUGUUAAGAGGGAACCCGGAGAAUCUUCUGGAACAUUCUGCACUAUCUGUACAAACAACAAACUCGCAAACGAAAUGUUCGUGACUGGGACUUGUUCACAUUCUUUCUGUGUAAACUGUGUUACCAAAUAUGUUACUAGAAAAGUAGUACAAGAAAAUGUUAGCGUUAUAAAGUGUCCAGAUAUUGCUUGUACAGCCGUAAUUAAACCCAAGUUCUGGCGAGAAAUUGUUCCUAAGGAAGUAUUGGAUCGAUUGGAGAAUGCUAUGUCUGCAGAAUCUCUGUUUUCGGGUUCGAUGAAAUUGCAUUGUCCUUACAAGGGCUGUUCGGCUAUGUUGGUUGUUGAUGGGAGUGAAAAUGUGAUAGACUCUGAGUGUCCUAAUUGCCAUCGAUUGUUCUGUGCUCAGUGCAAUGUGUCGUGGCAUGAGGGAUUUGAGUGCAAGGAGUUUCAGCGUUUGGGCAGAUCAAACGAGAAAGGGAAAGAAGAUGUGAUGCUGAUGGGAAUUGCUAAGAACAAGAAGUGGAGGAGAUGUCCUAAGUGCAAAUGCUAUGUUGAAAAGGGUGAUGGCUGCUUGCAACUAACUUGCCGGUGUCGGCAUUCAUUUUGCUACCGCUGUGGAUUGGACCACAGCUCUCGACAUAUUUGUGCAACUUAA